AUGCCGAAUGUUAGCGGUGCUUUGGCGGGAAGGUCAAGCAUCAGUGGCGCUUCGGCGGGAAGGCUGAGUGUUAGCGGUGCUUCGACAGGAAGACCGAGCGUCAGUGGCGUUUCGCCGGAAAUGCCGAACGUCAGCGGCGCUUCGACGGGAAGGCCGAGCAUCAGCGAUACUUCGGCGGGAAGGCUGAACGUCAGCGGUUGGGCAGAGACCCAAUCGUCGCCAGAAGGAUCGGCCCUCUCUGGUGGCGCCGGGAAGUGGAGCAGAGGAAGGAGACGAUCCGGCCGACGAUACUAG